GCUAUCAUUUGAUAUCUAUCUAAUCACUCCUUCCUGAUUAAUUAUUCGUAAUGCUGAAGGCCGAAGAUAUUUCAUCUCUUCCCUAACAAACUGCCAAAAACUUUUGAUCGUCCGAUUAAUUUGGAAGCUCAGUUUGAUGUUGAUCUUGGAAAGUUCUUGAAUGUAUUGCAGCUUCAAGAACGAUAUUUCGCCAUAAAGGUAACAUCAGGUCGAGUACGGACGUGUUUACAUGAAAAUGAGAGUACUGAAUUUUCCUGGGGAUGAAUAUUCAGGGAGCCAUGAGCUGCUGGAACUGCUCAGAUUGCUGUGGAGAUGAGUCUGAUGAUGAUGAUGCGACUGAACAAGCAGAUGAUGGAGGUACGAACAGAAACAGGAAUAACCCACCGGGUCACCUUGAGAUGUCGACUUUUCAGCCAAGGACGAAUUUCGGACCAAGGGCCAGACCAAGAAUACGACCAACAAUUGCUCGGACUUUGUCAGAUCGAAGAAACCAGCCUCUUCCGAAUCUGCCAAUCCAAGUUCCUCAGAUUCCACUCGAUGAACUGAAGGAGAUCACAAACAACUUUGGAAAGGAUGCUCAUAUCGGAGAGGGACCCUAUGGGAAAGUAUACAAAGGGAUCCUUAAGAACGGCAAGGAUGCAGCAAUCAAGAAGCUAUAUGAGUGUGCGCAAUCUGACGAUGCAUUUCGAGUCCAGAUUUCAAUAGCAUCGUCACUGAAGCACCCGAAUGUCACGGCUCUUCUGGGCUACUGCAUUAACGGGGAAUCUCGUAUUCUGGCCUAUGAGUUCGCAAGUAUUGGCACUCUCCGUGAGCUUCUUCAUGGUAACAGAGAAACCGCGGACCCAAUGUCUGGUCUGGUUCUGUCUUGGGAUCAGCGAGUGCGUAUAGCUGCACAGGCUGCACGAGGACUCGAGUACUUACAUGAAAUUGUGCAACUUGUCCAUCGAGCCAUCAAGUCUGCCAACAUAUUGAUCUUCGACAACUUCGUAGCUAAGAUUGCUGACUACGACUUGACCAACCAAAGUACAGGUCCCAUUCACUCAAACCGGCUCAUCGGAGGCUACGGUUACAGUGCUCCGGAAUGUGCAUUAACCGGGAAGCAAACUACCAAGAGCGACGUCUACAGCUUCGGGGUGGUAUUGCUGGAGCUUUUGACAGGUCGGAAGACUUACGAUAACAGAUUGCCACUUCAACAGCGGAGUUUAGUUGCUUGGGCCACACCUCUACUUAGUACAAUGGUUGGUGAAUGCGUUGACCCGAGGAUGGACAGAGAUUACCCUCCAGCAGUAGUUGCAGAGUUUGCUGCCAUUGCCGCCCUGUGCGUGCAACAUGAGCCCGAUUUCCGCCCCAACAUGACCACCGUCCGCAAACGACUUGAGGCACUCUUGAAAGAACAGAUCGGGCCAAGCUCCUACCACACUCCCAUUGACAAUCGAAGGCCAACAGAAAAGUGACUGAGCAGCAUUGGCUUUAUCAGUUCAAAUUCCAACAGCAAAUUAAUUCGAAAAUCGUAGACCUAAAUUCGAUAAAGUAGUUUAAUCGUGGUGUAUUGACUUUAAGCACGACAUUGUCGAUUGAGAACGAUUGUUAGCUAAAUGAAUACCCAGGAUUUCAAUGAGAAUUUAAAAGAGAGUUAUACGAGGCGA